AUGACCCCACCAAUAGCAACAGAUAACCAACCGACAACUUUAAAGCCAAACACGACAAUACAGACCACCACAACUAAACCAACAACCACUUCAAAAACGACACCAACAACGGAAAAGACCACAACAACUAGACCAACGACAAUACAGACCACCACAACUAAACCAACAACAACGACCAAAAAAACCACCACUACAAAAACGACACCGACAACGGAAAAGAUCACAACAACAAAACCAACGACAAUACAGAGCACUACAACUAAACCAACAACAACGACCAAAACAACAACCACUACAAAAAUGACACCGACAACGGAAAAGACCACAACAACAAUACCAACGACAAAACAGACCACCACAACUAAACCAACAACAACGACCAUAACAACAACCACUACAAAAACGACACCGACAACGGAAAAGACCACAACAACAAAACCAACGACAAUACAGACCACCACAACUAAACCAACAACAACGACCAAAACAACAACCACUACAAAAACGACACCGACAACGGAAAAGACCACAACAACAAAUCCAACAUCAACGACAAUAACAACAAGUACAGCAACAACAACGACAGAGAAGGCCAGUACGACUGAACCAAGAACAACGACGGAAGAGACUACCACUUCAAAAGCAACAACAACGACAGAGACUACCACAACUGAUACAACACCCAAGCCAGAAGAAACACCCAUAACCGAAGCAACAACAACGUCUGCAGAGACAACAAUUACUGAAGCAACAACGACAAAAGAAAGCUCCAUAACUGAUACUACACCAACAAUAGAAACAACCACCACACCUGAAACAACACGAACGCCAAUAGAAACAACCAUAACUGAAGCAACAACGACAGUAGAGACCACAAUUACUAAAGAAACAACAACAACAGAAGAGACCACAACUACUGAAGCAACAACAACGACAGAAGAGAGCACCACAACUUCUACAACACCAACGACAGAAAAGACCACUACUACUAAAACAACAUCCACGACAAGAGAGACCACCAUAACUGAAACUUCACCAACAACAGAAAAAACAAUCACUACUGAACCAACACCUACGCCAGAAGAAACAACCGAAACCGAAGCAGUGGAGACAACAACUACAGCAACAACAACGACAGAAAAGGCCAGUACGAAUGAACCAACAACAAUGACAGAAGAGACUAUCACAUCAAAAGCAACAACAACGACAGAAGAGAUUAUUACAACUGAUACAACACCCAAGCCAGAAGAAACAACCAUAACUGAAAAAACAACAACAUCUGCAGAGACUACAAUUACUGAAGCAACAACAACCACAGAAGAGACCACAACUACUGAAGCAGUAACAACAACAGAGGAGACCACAACUUCUAAAGCAACAACAACUAAAGAGUCCACUACUACUGAGACAACACCCACAACAGUGCCAACCACAACAACUGCAGCAACAACAACAACCACAGAAGAGGCCACAACUACUGAAGCAGUAACAACAACAGAAGAGACCACAACUUUUGAAGCAACAACAACAACAGAAGUGGCCACAACUUCUAAAGCAACAACAACAACAACGACGAAAGAGUCCACUACUACUCAGACAACACCCACAACAGUGCCAACCACAACAACUGCAGCAACAACAACCACAGAAGAGGCUACUUCAACUGUUACUACACCAACGACAGAAAAGACAACUACUACUUUAACAACACUCACGCCAGUAGAAACAACCAUAACCGAAGCAAUCACGACAACAACUACUGAAGCAGCAACAACAACAGAAGAGACCACAACUUCUGAAGCAACAACAACAAUAGAAGUGACCACAACUUCUGAAGCAACAACAACAACAACGGAAGAGUCCAGCACUACUGAGACAACACCCACAACAGUGCCGACCACAACAAAUGCAGAAACUAUAACCACAAAAGAGACCACUACAUCUGUUACUACACCAACGACAAAAAAGACAACCACUACUUUAACAACACUCACGCCAGUAGACACAACCUUAACCGAAGCAACAACGACAGUACAGACAACAACUACUGAAGCAGCAAUAACAACAGAGGAGACUACAACUUCUGAAGCAACAACAACUAAAGAGUCCACCACUACUGAGCCAAUACCCACAACAGUGCCGACCACAACAACUGCAGAAACAACAACCACAGAAGAGACCACUACAUCUGUUACUACACCAACGACAAAAAAGACAACCACUAUUGUAACAACACUCACGCCAGUAGAGACAACCUUAACCGAAGCAUUAACAACAGUAACAACAACAGAGGAGACCACAACUUCUGAAGCAACAACAACUAAAGAGUCCACCACUACUGAGAGAACACCCACAACAGUGCCGACCACAACAACUGCAGCAACAACAAACACAGAAGAGACCACAACUACUGAAGCAGUAACAACAACAGAGGAGACCACAACUUCUGAAGCAGCAACAACGAAAGAGUCCACUACUACUCAGACAACACCCACUACAGUGCCAACCACAACAACUGCAGCAACAACAAUAACCACAGAAAAGGCCACAACUACUGAAGCAGUAACAACAACAGAAGAGACCACAACUUCGGAAGCAACAACAACAACAGAUGAAACCACGACUCCAAAAGCAACAACAACAACAACGAAAGAGUCCACUACUACUCAGACAACACCCACAACAGUGCCAACCACAACAACUGCAGCAACAACAACCACAGAAGAGGCUACUUCAACUGUUACUACACCAACGACAGAAAAGACAACUACUACUGUAACAACACUCACGCCAGUAGAAACAACCAUAACCGAAGCAAUCACGACAGCAGAAACCACAACUACUGAAGCAGCAACAACAACAGAAGAGACCACAUUUUUUGAAGCAACAACAACAACAGAAGUGACCACUACUUCUGAAACAACAACAACGGAAGAGUCCACCGCUACUGAGACAACACCCACAACAAUGCCGACCACAACAACUGCAACAACAACAACCACAGAAGAGGCCACUACAAUUGUUACUACACCAAAGACAGAAACGACAUCUACUACUGUAACAACACUCACGCCAGUAGAAACAACCAUAACCGAGGCAACCACGACAGUAGAGACCACAAAUACUGAGGCAGCAACUACAAUAGAAGAGACCACAACUUCUGAAGCAACAACAACGAAAGUGUCCACUACUACUGAGACAACACCCACAACAGUGCCAACCACAACAACUGCAGCAACAACAACCACAGAAGAGACCACAACUACUAAAGCAGCUACAACAACAGAAGAGACCACAACUUCGGAAGCAACAACAGAUGAAACCAUGACUUCUGAAGCAACAACAACGGAAGAGUCCACCACUACUGAGACAACACUCACAACAGUGCCGACCACAACAACUGCAGCAACAACAACCACAGAAGAGGCCACUACAAUUGUUACUACACCAAAGACAGAAACGACAUCUACUACUGUAACAACACUCACGCCAGUAGAAUCAACCAUAACCGAAGCAACCACGACAUUAGAAACCACAACUACUGAAGCAGCAACAACAACAGAAGAGACCACAACUUCGGAAGCAACAACAACAACAGAUGAAACCACGACUCCUGAAGCAACAAUAACAACAACGAAAGAGUCCACUACUACUCAGACUACACCCACAACAGUGCCAACCACAACAAAAACCACAGAAGAGACCACUACAACUGUUACUACACCAACGACAAAAAAGACAACUACUACUGUAACAACACUCACGCCAGUAGAAACAACCAUAACCGAAGCAACCACGACAGUAGAGACCACAAAUACUGAGGCAGCAACUACAAUAGAAGUGACUACAACUUCUGAAGCAACAACAACGAAAGUGUCCACUACUACUGAGACAACACCCACAACAGUGCCAACCACAACAACUGCAGCAACAACAACCACAGAAGAGACCACAACUACUAAAGCAGCUACAACAAUAGAAGAGACCACAACUUCGGAAGCAACAACAACAACAGAUGAAACCACGACUCCAAAAGCAACAACAACAACGAAAGAGUCCACUACUACUCAGACAACACCCACAACAGUGCCAACCACAACAACCGCAGCAACAACAACCACAGAAGAGGCCACUACAAUUGUUACUACACCAAAGACAGAAACGACAACUACUACUGUAACAACACUCACGCCAGUAGAAACAACCAUAACCGAAGCAACCACGACAGUAGAGACCACAAAUACUGAGGCAGCAACUACAAUAGAAGAGACUACAACUUCUGAAGCAACAACAACGAAAGUGUCCACUACUACUGAGACAACACCCACAACAGUGCCAACCACAACAACUGCAGCAACAACAACCACAGAAGAGACCACAACUACUAAAGCAGCUACAACAAUAGAAGAGACCACAAGUUCGGAAGCAACAACAACAACAGACGAAACUACCACUUCUGAAGCAACAACAACGGAAGAGUCCACCACUACUGAGACAACACUCACAAUAGUGCCGACCACAAUGACUGCAGCAACAACAACCACAGAAGAGGCCACUACAAUUGUUACUACACCAAAGACAGAAACGACAUCUACUACUGUAACAACACUCACGCCAGUAGAAACAACCAUAACCGAGGCAACCACGACAGUAGAGACCACAAAUACUGAGGCAGCAACUACAAUAGAAGAGACCACAACUUCUGAAGCAACAACAACGAAAGUGUCCACUACUACUGAGACAACACCCACAACAGUGCCAACCACAACAACUGCAGCAACAACAACCACAGAAGAGACCACAACUACUAAAGCAGCUACAACAACAGAAGAGACCACAACUUCGGAAGCAACAACAGAUGAAACCAUGACUUCUGAAGCAACAACAACGGAAGAGUCCACCACUACUGAGACAACACUCACAACAGUGCCGACCACAACAACUGCAGCAACAACAACCACAGAAGAGGCCACUACAAUUGUUACUUCACCAAAUACAGAAACGACAUCUACUACUGUAACAACACUCACGCCAGUAGAAUCAACCAUAAUCGAAGCAACUACGACAUUAGAAACCACAACUACUGAAGCAGCAACAACAACAGAAGAGACCACAACUUCGGAAGCAAUAACAACAACAGAUGAAACCACGACUCCUGAAGCAACAAUAACAACAACGAAAGAGUCCACUACUACUCAGACUACACCCACAACAGUGCCAACCACAACAACAACCACAGAAGAGACCACUACAACUGUUACUACACCAACGACAGAAAAGACAACUACUACUGUAACAACACUCACGCCAGUAGAAACAACCAUAACCGAAGCAACCACGACAGUAGAGACUACAAAUACUGAGGCAGCAACUACAAUAGAAGAGACUACAACUUCUGAAGCAAUAACAACGAAAGUGUCCACCACUACUGAGACAACACCCACAACAGUGCCAACCACAACAACUGCAGCAACAACAACCACAGAAGAGACCACAACUACUAAAGCAGCUACAACAAUAGAAGAGACCACAACUUCGGAAGCAACAACAACAACAGAUGAAACCACGACUCCAAAAGCAACAACAACAACGAAAGAGUCCACUACUACUCAGACAACACCCACAACAGUGCCAACCACAACAACUGCAGCAACAACAACCACAGAAGAGGCCACUACAAUUGUUACUACACCAAAGACAGAAACGACAACUACUACUGUAACAACACUCACGCCAGUAGAAUCAACCAUAACCGAAGCAACCACGACAGUAGAAACCACAACUAGUGAAGCAGCAACAACAGAAGAGACCACAACUUUUGAAGCAAUAACAACAACAGAAGUGGCCACAACUUCUAAAGCAACAACAACAACGGAAGAGUCCACCGCUACUGAGACAACACCCACAACGGUGCCGACCACAACAACUGCAACAACAACAACCACAGAAGAGGCUACUGCAACUGUUACUACACCAACGACAAAAAAGACAACUACUACUGUAACAACACUUACGCCAGUAGAAACAACCAUAACCGAAGCAACCACGACAGAAGAGACCACAACUUCUGAAGCAACAACAACGAAAGUGUUCACUACUACUGAGACAACACCCACAACAGUGCCAACCACAACAACUGCAGCAACAACAACCACAGAAGAGACCACAACUACUAAAGCAGCUACAACAACAGAAAAGACCACAACUUCAGAAGCAACAACAGAUGAAACCACGACUUCUGAAGCAACAACAAUGGAAGAGUCCACCACUACUGAGACAACACUCACAACAGUGCCGACCACAACAACUGCAGCAACAACAACCACAGAAGAGGCUACUUCAACUAUUACUACACCAACGACAAAAAAGACAACCACUACUGUAACAACACUCACGCCAGUAGACACAACCAUAACCGAAGCAACAACGGCAGUAGAGACCACAACCACUGAAGCAGCAACAACAAAAGAGGAGACCACAACUUCUGAAGCAACAACAACAACGGAAGAGUCCACCACUACAGAGACAACACCCACAACAGUGCCGACCACAACAACUGCAGCAGCAACAACCACAGAAGAGGCUUCUACAACUGUUACUACACCAACGACAAAACAGACAACCACUACUGUAACAACACUCACGCCAGUAGGCACAACCAUAACCGAAGCAACAACGGCAGUAGAGAACACAACCACUGAAGCAGCAACAACAAAAGAGGAGACCACAACUUCUGAAGCAACAACAACAACAACGGAAGAGUCCACUACUACUGAGACAACACCCACAACUGUGCCAACCACAACAACUGCAGCAACAACAACCACAGAAGAGACCACUACAACUGGUACUACACCAACGACAGAAAAGACAACUACUACUGUAACAACACUCACGCCAGUAGAAACAACCAUAACCGAAGCAACCACGACAGUAGAGACCACAAAUACUGAGGCAGCAACUACAAUAGAAGUGACUACAACUUCUGAAGCAACAACAACGAAAGUGUCCACUACUACUGAGACAACAUCCACAACAGUGCCAACCACAACAACUGCAGCAACAACAACCACAGAAGACACCACAACUACUAAAGCAGCUACAACAAUAGAAGAGACCACAAGUUCGGAAGCAACAACAACAACAGACGAAACUACCACUUCUGAAGCAACAACAACGGAAGAGUCCACCACUACUGAGACAACACUCACAACAGUGCCGACCACAAUGACUGCAGCAACAACAACCACAGAAGAAGCCACUACAAUUGUUACUACACCAACGACAAAAAAGACAACUACUACUGUAACAACACUCACGCCAGUAGAAACAACCAUAACCGAAGCAACCACGACAGUAGAGACCACAAAUACUGAGGCAGCAACUACAAUAGAAGAGACUACAACUUCUGAAGCAACAACAACGAAAGUGUCCACUACUACUGAGACAACACCCACAACAGUGCCAACCACAACAACUGCAGCAACAACAACCACAGACGAGACCACAACUACUAAAGCAGCUACAACAAUAGAAGAGACCACAAGUUCGGAAGCAACAACAACAACAGACGAAACUACCACUUCUGAAGCAACAACAACGGAAGAGUCCACCACUACUGAGACAACACUCACAAUAGUGCCGACCACAAUGACUGCAGCAACAACAACCACAGAAGAGGCCACUACAAUUGUUACUACACCAAAGACAGAAACGACAACUACUACUGUAACAACACUCACGCCAGUAGAAACAACCAUAACCGAAGCAACCACGACAGUAGAGACCACAAAUACUGAGGCAGCAACUACAAUAGAAGAGACUACAACUUCUGAAGCAACAACAACGAAAGUGUCCACUACUACUGAGACAACACCCACAACAGUGCCAACCACAACAACUGCAGCAACAACAACCACAGACGAGACCACAACUACUAAAGCAGCUACAACAAUAGAAGAGACCACAAGUUCGGAAGCAACAACAACAACAGACGAAACUACCACUUCUGAAGCAACAACAACGGAAGAGUCCACCACUACUGAGACAACACUCACAAUAGUGCCGACCACAAUGACUGCAGCAACAACAACCACAGAAGAGGCCACUACAAUUGUUACUACACCAAAGACAGAAACGACAACUACUACUGUAACAACACUCACGCCAGUAGAAACAACCAUAACCGAGGCAACCACGACAGUAGAGACCACAAAUACUGAGGCAGCAACUACAAUAGAAGAGACCACAACUUCUGAAGCAACAACAACGAAAGUGUCCAAUACUACUGAGACAACACCCACAACAGUGCCAACCACAACAACUGCAGCAACAACAACCACAGAAGAGGCCACUACAAUUGUUACUACACCAAAGACAGAAACGACAAUUACUACUGUAACAACACUCACGCCAGUAGAAUCAACCAUAACCGAAGCAACCAGGACAGCAGAAACCACAACUACUAAAGCAGCAACAACAACAGAAGAGACCACAACUUUUGAAGCAACAACAACAGAAGUGGCCACAACUUCUAAAGCAACAACAACAACGGAAGAGUCCACCGCUACUGAGACAACACCCACAACGGUGCCAACCACAACAACUGCAACAACAACAACCACAGAAGAGGCUACUGCAACUGUUACUACACCAACGACAAAAAAGACAACUACUACUGUAACAACACUUACGCCAGUAGAAACAACCAUAACCGAAGCAACCACGACAGUAGAGACCACAAUUACUGAAGCAGCAACUACAACAGAAGAGACCACAACUUCUGAAGCAACAACAACGAAUGUGUUCACUACUACUGAGACAACACCCACAACAGUGCCAACCACAACAACUGCAGCAACAACAACCACAGAAGAGACUACAACUACUAAAGCAGCUACAACAACAGAAGAGACCACAACUUCGGAAGCAACAACAGAUGAAACCAUGACUUCUGAAGCAACAACAACGGAAGAGUCCACCACUACUGAGACAACACUCACAACAGUGCCGACCACAACAACUGCAGCAACAACAACCACAGAAGAGGCUACUUCAACUAUUGCUACACCAACGACAAAAAAGACAACCACUACUGUAACAACACUCACGCCAGUAGAAACAACCAUAACCGAAGCAACAGUAGCAGUAGAGAACACAACCACUGAAGCUGCAACAACAAAAGAGGAGACCACAACUUCUGAAGCAACAACAAAAACGGAAGAGUCCACCACUACAGAGACAACACCCACAACAGUGCCGACCACAACAACUGCAGCAACAACAACCACAGAAGAGGCUUCUACAACUGUUACUACACCAACGACAAAACAGACAACCACUACUGUAACAACACUCACGCCAGUAGGCACAACCAUAACCGAAGCAACAACGGCAGUAGACAACACAACCACUGAAGCAGCAACAACAAAAGAGGAGACCACAACUUCUGAAGCAACAACAACGGAAGAGUCCACCACUACUGAGACAACACCCACAACAGUGCCAACCACAACAACUGCAGCAACAACAACCACAGAAGAGACCACUACAAUUGUUACUACACCAACGACAGAAAAGACAACUACUACUAUAACAACACUCACGCCAGUAAAAACAACCAUAACCGAAGCAAUCACGACAGAAGAGACCACAAAUACUGAAGCUGCAACUACAACAGAAGAUACCACAACUUCUGAAGCAACAACAACGAAAGUGUCCACUACUACUGAGACAACACCCACAACAGUGACAACACCCACUACAAUAACCGCAGCAACAACAACCACAGAAAAGACCACAACUACUGAAGCAGCUACAACAACAGAAGAGACUACAACUUCGGAAGCAACAACAACAACAACAACGAAAGAGUCCACUACUACUCAGACAACACCCAUAACAGUGCCAACCACAACAACUGCAGUAACUACAACCACAGAAGAGACCACUACAACUGUUACUAUACCAAAGACAGAAAAGACAACUACUACUGUGACAACAUUCACGCCACUAGAAUCAACCAUAACCGAAUCAAUAACGACAGUACAGACCACAACUACUGAACCAGCAACAACAACAGAAGAGAUCACAACUUCUGAAGCAACAACAACGAAAGUUUCCACUUCUACUGAGACAACACCCACAACAGUGCCAACCACAACAACUGCAGCAACAACAACCACAGAAGAGACCACAACUACUAAAGCAGCUACAACAACAGAAAAGACCACAACUUCAGAAGCAACAACAGAUGAAACCACAACUUCUGAAGCAACAACAACGGAAGAGUCCACCACUACUGAGACAACACUCACAACAGUGCCGACCACAACAACUGCAGCAACAUCAACCACAGAAGACGCCACUACAAUUGUUACUACACCAAAGACAGAAACGACAUCUACUACUGUAACAACACUCACGCCAGUAGAAUCAACCAUAACCGAAGCAACCACGACAGUAGAGACCACAAUUACUGAAGCAGCAACUACAACAGAAGAGACCACAACUUCUGAAGCAACAACAACAACAACAGAUGAAACCACGACUUCUGAAGCAACAAUAACAACAACGAAAGAGUCCACUACUACUCAGACUACACCCACAACAGUGCCAAACACAACAACAACCACAGAAGAGGCUACUACAACUGUUACUACACCAACGACAGAAAAGACAACUACUACUGUAACAACACUCACGCCAGUAGAAACAACCAUAACCGAAGCAACCACGACAGUAGAAACCACAACUACUAAAGCAGCAAUAACAACAGAAGAGACCACAACUUUUGAAGCACCAACAACAACAGAAGUGACCACAACUUCUGAAGCAACAACAACAACGGUAGAGUCCACCACUACAGAGACAACACCCACAACAGUGCCGACCACAACAACUGCAGCAACAACAACCACAGAAGAGGCUACUACAACUGUUUCUACACCAACGACAAAACAGACAACCACUACUGUAACAACACUCACGCCAGUAGGCACAACCAUAACCGAAGCAACAACGGCAGUAGAGAACACAACCACUGAAGCAGCAACAACAAAAGAGGAGACCACAACAUCUGAAGCAAGAAAAACAACAACGGAAGAGUCCACCACUACUGAGACAACACAUACAACAGUGCCAAUCACAACAACUGCAGCAACAACAACCACAGAAGAGACCACUACAACUGUUACUACACCAACGACAGAAAAGACAACUUCUACUGUAACAACACUCACGCCAAUAGAAACAACCAUAACCGAAGCAACAGUAGCAGUAGAGAACACAACCACUGAAGCUGCAACAACAAAAGAGGAGACCACAACUUAUGAAGCAACAGCAACAACAACGGAAGAGUCCACCACUAUUGACACAACACCCACAACAGUGCCAACCACAACAACUGCAGCAACAACAACCACAGAAGAGACCACUACAACUGUUACUACACCAACGACAGAAAAGACAACUACUACUGUGACAACACUCACGCCAGUAGAAACAACCAUAACCGAAGCAACCACGACAGUAGAGACCACAAAUACUGAAGCAGCAACUACAACAGAAGAGACCACAACUUCGGAAGCAACAACAACAGAAGAGACCACUACGACUGAUACUACACCAACAACAGAAAAAACAACCACUACUGUAACAACACUUUCACCAGAGGAAACAACCAUAAUUGAAGCAAUAACAACGACUGAAAGAACAACAACUACUGAAGCAACGACAACAACAACGGAAGAGUCCACCACUACUGAGAUAACACCAAAGACAAAAGAGACCACUACAACUGAAAAAAAAACUACGCCAGUCGAGUCAACCACUACCGAAACAACACCAACCAUAAUAGAAACCACUACUUUUGAAACCACAACAAUGAUAGAUAUAUCUACUACAACAACACCCACGACAAUAACGACCACAACUUCUGAAGCAGCAACAGAACAGACCACCUUAACUGAAAAGACACCAGCAACAAAGGAGAUUACGACUACUGAGACAAAAUUAACGACAGAAGAGAGCACUGCAACUGAAGUAACAACAACAACAACAGAAGAGAUCACUACAACUGAUACUACACCAACGACCGAAAAAACAACAACUACUGAAACAACAACAACGACAGCCGCGGAAAAAACCAGCAUUACAACAACAACAACACCAACGACAGAAGAGUCCACCACUACCGAGACAACACACACAACAGUGCCAACUACAACAACUGCAGCAUCUACAACCACGGUGGAGACCACCACAACUGAUACAACACCAACGACAAAAGAGACCACUACAACUGAAACAAUACCAACGCCAGUAGAGUUAACCACCACCGAAAUCACAGCAAGCACAAUAGAAACCACCAGUAGUGUUACAACUUUAACGAAAGCAACACCCACGCCAGUAGAAACAACCAUUAGUGAAGCAACAAUGACAAUAGAGACCACAACUUUUGAAGCGACAACAAAAACAGAAGAUACUAUUAUUCCUGAAGUAACAACAACGACAGACGAGACCAUUACGACUGAUAAUACACCAACGACAAAAAAGACAACCACUACUGUAACAACACUCUCGCCAGUAGAAACAACCACAACUGAAGCAACAACAACGAUGGAAAAGACAACAAUUACAGACGCAACAACAACGGAAAAGACCAGCACUACUAAAACAGCACCAACGACAGCAAAGACUAACACUGCUGAAACCACAACUGAUACCUCACCAACAACAGAAAAAACCACCACUACUGGAACAACACCCACGUCAAUAGAUAAAACCAUAACCGAAGCAACAAUGACAGAAGAUACCACAACUUAUGCAGCAACGACAACAACAAAAGAGACUGCCACAACUGAUACUACACCAACGACAGAAAAGACCAAAACUACUGUAACAACAUUCACAAAAGAGACCAUCACAACUGAUACUACACCAUCAAAAAAAACCACCGCUUCUGUAACAACACCCACAUCAGUAGAAACAACCAUAGCCGAAGCAACAACGACAGUAGAGACAACAAUUACUAAAGGAACAACAGAAGAGACGACAAUUUCUGAAGUAAAAACAACGAUAGAAGAGACUACUACAACUAAUACUACACUAACCUCAGAAAAGACAAAUACUACCGUAUCAGCAUUCAAGCCACUACAAACAACCUUAACCGAAGCAACAACAGCGACAGAAAAUAAAACCUUCACUGAAGCAACAACAACAGAAAAGACCAGCACUACUGAAACAGCACCAACGACAAUGGAUGCCAACACAUAUGAAACAACAACACCAAUGAAAGAAGAGUCUAUUACUACUGUAAUAAUACCCACAACAGGAACGAUCACAACUCCUGCAGCAACAAGAACGACAGAACUAUCUACCACUACUAUAACAACACCUACGACAGUAAUGACCACAAGUACUGAAGCAACAACAAUAGAAGAGACCACUUUAACUGAAACGACACCAACUACAAAGGAGAAAACGACCACUUUUGAAGCAAUUACAACGACAGAAGAGACCGCCACAUCUAAAACAACACCAACGACAGUAGAUCCCACAACUACUGAAAGGACGAGAACGACAGAAAGGUCUAACAUAACGAAAACAAAACCAACAAUAACAGAAAUAAUGCCAGCGACAGUAGAGACAACCACUUUUGUUUCCAUAUCCAUGACAGAAGAGACCACCACAACUCCAUUAAUACCAACGACAGUAGAGACUACGACUUCUGAAGCAACAAUAACUAUAGAAAAUACUACCAUAACUGAAACAGCUCCAAAGACAGAAGAGACCACCACGACUGAAACAACACCCACGACCAAAGAAACGACAACAACUGAAACAACACCAACGACAGUAGAGACUUCCACUAAUGAAUCAACAUUGACGACAGCAGAGACGACCACAACUGACACAACACCAACGACAAAAAAGGCCAACAGUACUACGGGAACACCCACGACAGAAGAGAUCACUACAACUGAAACAACACCAAUGAUAUUACAGACGACAACAACUGACAUAGCACCAAUAUCAGUAGGGACAAACACAACUAUAACAACAUCCGCGACUGUAGACACCACUACUACUCAAACAAAACCAACGAUGAAAGAGACCAAAAUAACUAAAACAACACCAACAACAGUAAAGACUACAACUUCUGAAGCAACAAUAACGACAGAAAAGUCUACCAUAACUGAAACAGCUGGAAAGACAGAAGAGACCACUACGACUGAAACAACACCUAUGACAGUAGAAGCGACGACAACUGUUAUAACACCAACGACUGUAGAGACUUCUACCACUGAAUUAACAUUGAUAACAGAAGAGACGAUCACAACUGAAACAACACCCGCGAUUAUAGAGAACACCACUACUCAAACAAAUCCAACGACGAAAGAGACCACAACUACUAAAACAACACCAACGGCAAUAAAUACUACGGCUUCUGAAGCAACAACAACGAUAGAAAAGACUAGCACAACUGAAACAGCUCCAAAGUCAGAGAAGACCACCAAGACUGAAACAACACCCACAACUGUAGAGGUAACAACAACUGUAAUAACACCAACAACAAUAGAGAACAUAACAACGGAAACAACACCUCGAACAGUAAAGACCACAACUACUAAACAAGCACCCACGACAGAACGCACCACUACAAUAUUAACAACACCAACGACAGCAGAUACCACUGAAACAAUAGCAAUGACAGUAGAAUUCACCACUGCUGAAACAUCACUUACAAAAGUACCAUCUACCAUAACUAAACCGAAUCCAGCGACAGUACAGACCACAACUACAAAAACAACAUCAACGACAGGUGUAACAACCCCAAUGGAAACAACACCAACUACGACUGAUACAACACCAAAAAUAGAAAAUACCACUACUUCUGAAACAUCAUCAAUACCAGAUAAGACCACCACAACUGAAACAACACCUACGACAGUAGCAAACGCCACUACUGACACACCGCCAAUGUCAGCAGACACCACUACUACCGAAAGAAUACCAACGAUAGUAGGGACCACCACUACUGAAACAAUCACUUUAUCAGUACAAUCAACUUUAUCGAAAGUCAGAACCAUAGAUGUGAUGACGAAGCUAUCGACUGAAGAAGAAACCAGAAUUACACCUAAUUUAUACAAAAAUGAAUUAAGCCACCAAAAGACAAUUACAGAUCUUAACGAACCAACAUUUAAAAAUGAACUAGUUGCUUCACCGUUACUGAAUUUUUUUGGAUCUCAUCCGUUUUCAGAUUCAGAAGAACCGUCAUAUGAGGAUAAAUCAACUUUAUUUCAAGACACUAGUACAAGCAUGACCGUAGAAUCAUCUACUGAAGAUGAAACUACAUUUUCUAUAACGAAAUUUAUACAUGAAGAAAACAGUCAAGAGGAUAUACCCGAUAUUUAUAAGAUGCCAUCAGAAAUCGAUGGUUUGCCGUCUUUAUCUGUAAUAAACAGCUCUGUUUUAUAUUCAGAUUCAGUAGAGCAAUCAUACGAGGAUGAACCAAAUACAACAAUAAUUGUCUCUUCAUUAGAGGACACAGAUGAAGAUUGGGCCAAAGAGCCAACGUCUGUAAAUAAUACUGAAGUUUCAACACUUAAUUUUCAUGAACCAAUAUCAAAUGAAGUAGAUAAUUCCCAUGUACUAUCAGAAAGCAACAAUUUUAUUCUGAAUUCAGAAGAGGCAUCAUACGAGGAUGAAUUAACUACAACAAUGAUUUCAUCUUCAUUAGAAGACUCAAACAUGGUUUGGAUUGCUAAUGCAUCAACCGAAAAUGAAAAUGAAGUCUUGAACCCCGAAUUUACACCUAAAUUUAAAAGCCCAGAUAUUAUAACUGAUCGUUUUGAACCAUCUUUGAACGGAACAGAUAGUUCACAUGUAUCAUCAAUGCAGGAUGGGAAUUAUCUAGUUGCAGAUUCUGUAGAACCGUCAUAUGAAGAUAAAUCAUUUUUAUUUCAAGACACAAGCACAAACGUGGCCGUGGAAUCAUCUACUGAAGAUGAAACUACAUUUUUUACAACUAAAUUUAUGCGUGAAGAUGACAGUCUAGAGAUAGAAUCUGAAGUUCAUGAAAUACCACCAGUAAAUGAGAUUCAAUAG